GGUGAUUUCUUGGGGAAUGAUACCAGUCUGAUAUACCUGAAUAGUAGCAGUAGUAGUAGGUGUAGCGGUGCAGCUAUAUAGAUGUUAAUAGCCCACCUAGUGUCCAAUUAUUAUUUUACUUAACACUCGUUGAGACCUCAGUGCACGUUGGAGAGUGCGAAGUACUAGUUUGUUGAUGUAAAAUAUUUGUUAUUAUAGUAUGUUGUGUUUGAAUUAAUUUCACUGACCGUGCGCUUAUCGUUAUUUCAAUUAAAUAUUCGUUCGUCGUGUAUGAUAUUUUUUUAUAAUUGUUUAGUUUGUUUUUACCAUUUGUGUACAACCGUGUUGAUAAUUUGUCGAUUUUAAAAUAGUAUCCACAAACGAGCUAAAUAUUUUCUACAAGAUCAUUGUUGUUUUUCGAUUGGUAUUCUCACAAGUAUCCGAUCUCGGGCCAAUUGGAAAUGUCUAGUUGUGUCUGCUCGACAACGGCUUUGUGUCAUUUAGUGUCGACUGGUCAGUGUUGAUUAUCGUUUUACCUUACCAAAACAAGUUUGGUGCGUGGAUUGCGUCUUAAGCCCCGAGUCAGCGGGGUUCGUUCGUUCAACCUAACUAUUAUGAUGCGAAUAUGCAUUAUCACGACGGUAUUGUGGCUGUCCCUAGCAGUGCGUUCAUCACGGUCAGCGGUGCACCCGCCUUCUCCUUGCCCAGACAUAUUCGCCUACGAAGGUACCGAGCCAGAAAACAACCGAUGGUAUGGUGAAAUAUCCCUCAGGACCGACGAGAGUCUCGUGGGCAUCCGGCUGGACAUCGAGUUGGAUCGGCCUUCAGAUUUGAUGGUAUCAUGGAUGGGCGAAACCUCUUCCAAUGAUAACGUGAAGUUUACCAUAUUGAAUUUGAACCAAAAACUCAGACCUGGCCCUCCGGUACUUUCAAGGAUCAUGGUCAAGUUCAACCGGACCACCGGCAGUCCUAGACUGCGAGUGAUCCGAUUGAACGGCCGUAAGAUUUGCCCCGAAGAUACUCCAGAUUACAAUUCUGAUUACGAUUUGACGACCAAACCUCAAAGACCUCAGAACACGAAGAGACCCGAUCCAGAGUUUGGUGAAAGCCCCACCGAACAAAUUGACGAGUUUUCCCCAAACUAUAACAAUAAUAAUAACAAUCAAAAUAGUAACACCAACAACAACAAAGAAUAUUCUUCGGGUAGUACUGGAAGCAGCAGUGACAAACGUCCAGUGUACAACAACAACAAAGAAACCUACAAGCCGAUCACACAACCGCCUUAUGGUAUUGACCAACCGUCAAAUAACUAUAACAACGACAACGACAAUCGACCAGUGUAUAACAACAACAACAACAACAACAAUAAAGUAACAGUGACUACAACGUUAAAACCAACCAUUCGGCCCCCAUUUGAUAGCGGCAAUAACCUUAACAACAAACCCAACACGGUAUCCUUACAGGCCAGCACGGAUUCUAACAACAAAGAUCAAAUAUCCGGAGUCAUCGACGAAAUACUCAGCAACCCGUCCAAUAACAAAACGGUAAUCAUAACUGUGAUAAACAACAACGAUAACACGCAAGAACAAAACUUGAACAACAAUAGGCCAGCUUUAAACAACAACCGACCGGACACCAAUCAAAAUAAUAGACCGGGAACCAACCAGAAUAGACCGGAGCUAAAUGCGAAUCGACCGAGUUCCAGUAGUUCUAGUAGUCGCCCGGUGGCCACAGACAGUGGUUCCGGCCAGUCUAGGCCACAGAACUCCAACAACAACAACAACAACAACAACAGACCUUCUGAACAACAAACGUCGUCGUCGAAUCAAAAACCGAACAAAAAUCAGAACCAAGAUUCGUCGUACAGCACCACAAAUUCGCAACAAGUGUCCGGAAGUACUUGUGGUGAAGUUAAACUCGCCGUGCCAUUGGUGACCAACGGCCAGUCGACUCACCGUGGCCAAUGGCCCUGGCACGUGGCGCUCUAUUUAAUCGAAGGCAUCAAUCUAAGCUAUAACUGUGGGGGAUCUCUAGUGUCCAGAAACAAAGUCAUCACAGCCGCUCACUGUGUGACGUCAAAGCAAAAUGACGCGGUUUACAAUUCCAGUAAAAUAGUCGUCUAUUUGGGUAAGUACCAUCAGCUGCAGUAUAGUGACGAGCUGGGAGUGCAGACAAAACAGGUUACCCGUAUAAAUGUCUUCCCGUCGUACAACAGCAGCAACUAUUUGGGAGACAUCGCCGUGUUGACGUUGUCCUCCGAAGUGGAGCUCACUAAUUACGUGACUCCCGUGUGUAUGUGGGACGAAAAAUCCAACGAGCUGGAUGAUAUUGUAGGAAAAGAAGGAACGGUUGUUGGUUGGGGAUAUGACGAAAACGAUUCUCCGACCGAAGAACUGAAGAUGGCCAAGAUGCCCGUGGUUUCCCAUCAAACGUGUCUCUGGAGUUAUCCGCAAUUCUAUUCGGAAUUCACGUCGGACAAAACAUUUUGCGCAGGAUUUAGAAACGGUACGAGUGUGUGCAACGGCGAUAGCGGUGGUGGCAUGGUGUUUGCCAAAAAUAACAGGUGGUUCCUACGAGGGAUUGUCUCCAUAACGGUAGCCAAAGAAGGUCUGCGGGUAUGUGACACGAAACACUAUGUAGUAUUCACGGACGUGUCCAAGUAUUUGGAUUUUAUCAAGAAGAAUAUAACAAAUUUGAAUACUUACAACCUGAUGAUGUGCAUUCAGCGUUGGCGGACAUGCAUCGUGUCGUUGGUAUUGUGGCUGACUUGGAUAGUAAGAAGCACUUCUCGAUCUGCUCCACACCCACCAUCUCCUUGUCCAGAAGUAUUUGAAUACGAAGGUUCCGGACCAGAAAAUAACCGAUGGUACGGCGACAUAUAUCUCAACACCGACAAAUUCGUCUCGGGAAUUCUACUAGAAAUAGAGUUGGAUCGGCCUUCAGAUCUGAUGGUGUCGUGGACUGGCGAGACUUCUUCGAAAGACAACAUUAAGUACAUCGUGGUAAAUUUGGACAAAAACUUAAAGCCCGGUCUGCCGGUGGAAUCUCGGAUUAUGGUCAAGUUCAAUCCGACAAUAGGGUGUCCCAGGGUGCGGCUGAUCCGAUUAAACGGCCGCACGAUUUGCUCAGAAAAUACAUCAAUCACGCCAUCGCCAACGACGACCAAGUCCAGUGUGUGUGGUGAAGUCAAACUUACAGCUGUACCGUUGAUAACCAGCGGACAAACAACACAUCGUGGUCAAUGGCCGUGGCACGUAGCUCUAUACCUGAUCAAUGGCAUCAAGUUGAGCUACAACUGUGGAGGUUCUUUAGUGUCCAAAACGAAAGUGAUAACAGCUGCUCAUUGUGUUCGACAGUCGGAUGUCGUUUACAACUCCAGCAAAAUUGUGAUCUACCUCGGGAAACAUCACCAGUGGCAGUACAGCGACGAAGGAGUCCAGACUAAACAGGUUACCCGCAUAAACGUGUUCCCGUAUUAUAACAAUAGCAACUACUUUGGAGAUAUUGCCAUAUUGACGUUGUCCUCCGAAGUGGAGAUCACCGAUUACGUUAAGCCGGUGUGCUUGUGGGAGAAAGAAUCAAAUAGUUUGGACGACAUCGUAGGAAAAGAAGGGACGGUGGUUGGUUGGGGUUUUGAUCAGAACCAUGCGCCAACCGAGGAGCUGAUGAUGGCGAAAAUGCCCGUGGUUUCUCAUCAAACUUGUCUCUGGAGCUAUCCAGAUUUUUUUUCCAAAUUCACAUCAGCCAAAACAUUUUGCGCUGGAUUUAGAAAUGGCACAAGUGUGUGUAACGGCGAUAGUGGCGGUGGCAUGGUGUUCUUCAAGAACAAUAGAUGGUUUCUUCGAGGGGUCGUGUCCAUAACCGUGGCAAAAGAAGGUCUUCCUGUGUGCGAUACAAGUCAUUAUGUCGUGUUCGUAGAUGUUUCCAAGUAUCUGGAUUUCAUCAAUGAAGAUUUACUACACUAGUAUAUUUUUAGUUUA